ACAGAUAGGGAGGGAGGGAAAGUGGGGAUGUAGGAGGGGCGCGGUACGAGCUUCAAGUGUACAACAUCCCACCCAAAGCCGGAGAGAGCCAGCAUAAAGUCACUCGUUCGUGAGUUCUAUACCACGGAUCAAACAGGCUGCGUUACCGAGAGAAAUAACGGUGUUCAUUUUCAGUCACACAGAAUUAAACCAUUUUCGCCGCGAUGGGGUUGAGAUUUAUACCAUGUAUCUCAUAUCUUUCGCUUCUCCUUCACCUGGAAUGGACGCACGUAUCGGCUUUCAACCUGGACACAGAAAACGUCAUUGAAAAGAAAGGAGAGCCCGGGAGCCUUUUCGGCUUCUCUCUGGCUAUGCAUUGGCAAUUAAAUCCGUUGGAUAAAAGAAUGUUGCUGGUUGGUGCUCCAAGGGCCAAAGCUCUGAGAGGUCAGAAGGCAAAGAUCACAGGAGGACUCUACAACUGCGAUACCGCUUCCACUUCCUCCAGCUGUAGCCGAGUGCAGUUCGACAACGAUGAGGACGUGAACACCGAGAGUAAGGAGAACCAAUGGAUGGGUGUAACAGUAAACAGCCAGGGGCCGGGAGGAAAGAUUGUGACGUGUGCCCACCGCUACCAGCGGCGUCUGUUUGUGAACACAGCCCAGGAGUCACGUGACAUCACAGGGCGGUGUUACGUUCUGAGCCAGGACCUGACCAUCGGUACCGAGUCUGAUGAGGACGGAGGGAACUGGAGGUUCUGUGAGGGGCGGGCACGCGGCCAUGAGAGGUUUGGUUCAUGCCAACAGGGUCUGUCUGCCACCUUCACUAGGGACUACCACUACCUGGUAUUUGGUGCCCCUGGAGCGUACAACUGGAAAGGGGUGGUGAGAGUAGAGCAGAAGAACAACACUCUGUUGGAGAUGGGCUUCUAUGACGACGGGCCCUAUGAGGUGGGCGACGAGAACCGGUUAGACCCAGACCUGGUCCCCGUGCCCGCCAACAGUUACUUGGGCUUCUCUCUGGACUCGGGGAAGGCCAUCACUAAGAAGGGUCAGCUGACCGUGGUCGCCGGUGCCCCGAGAGCCAAUCACAGCGGGGCAGUGGUGUUGCUAAAGAAGGAGACCGAAGCGUCCACCAUGUUGUCACCAGAGCACAUCCUGGAAGGGGAGGGGCUGGCCUCGUCGUUCGGCUACGACCUCGCUGUGGUAGAUCUGACCGGCGACGGGUGGGAGGACAUCGUGGUGGGAGCCCCGCAGUUUUUUGAGAAGGACGGGGAGGUAGGCGGAGCCAUUUAUGUCUACGUUAACAAGGGCGGAGACUGGAGUAAGGUCACGCCCACCAGGAUAGACGGACCUCGGGACUCCAUGUUUGGACUGGCCGUAGAAAACCUGGGAGAUCUCAACCUGGACGGCUAUCAGGACAUCGCUGUGGGAGCACCCUAUUAUGACAGUGGGUCAGGGAAGGUGUUCAUCUACCACGGCUCAGCUCAGGGCAUCAACAUCAAACCUGCACAAGUGUUGUCAGGGGUGCCAUCGGAGACAAAGCUGUUUGGUUAUUCUCUAGCUGGUAACAUGGACUUGGACAGGAACUCGUACCCUGACCUGGCCGUAGGAUCUCUCUCCGACUCUGUGUUCGUCUACAGGACUCGGCCGGUCAUUAGCAUCCAGAAGGUUGUCAAGACAACGCCAAAGGAGAUCGAUCUGACGAAGAAAAACUGUGGCAACAGCAUCUGCUUGGAGGUAGAAGCCUGCUUCUCCUACACCGCCAACCCAAAGUCCUACAGCCCCAGACUGACGGUGGCGUACUCCUUUGAGGCGGAGGCGGAGCGUCGGAAGAAGGGUCUCCCUCCCAGAGUGACCUUCUCCACGCGUUCCAGCGACGUCAACGACUACCAGUCCACCGGUGUUCUCAUCCUCAGUGGGCAGGGCAAGAAGGAGUGUAUCACCGCCAGACUCACACUACAGGAGAACAUUAAGGACAAGCUCAGGGGAAUCCCCGUCGACGUUACCGUGGAGAUAAAGAACUCCAAAAGGAAAAGAAGAGCGCUCCCAGAACUCCCGCCCAUCCUCGACUCCAACGAGCCUAUCACGGCCCGCGCUGAGGUGAGCUUCCUGAAGGAGGGCUGUGGCAGUGAUAAUGUGUGUCAGAGCAACGUACAGCUCCAGCAUCGCUUCUGCUACAGAGAGCCCAACAAGGACGUCUUCCAUCCACUACCUGUGGAGGAUGGGGUGCCGGUCGUCUCCCUUAGCGACCAGAAGGACAUCGCCCUGGAGAUCACGGUGACCAACCAGAAUGGAGACGAUGCCCAUGAGGCGGCGUUGGUUGCCUCCUUCCCCCCCUCGCUCUCCUACUCUGCCUCCCGCUCUGCACCCAACGCGGACAAGCAGGUGAUCUGUGUGACCAAUACGAACGGCUCUCAGGCAGACUGUGAGCUGGGGAACCCCUUCAAGCGAGGCUCAGAGGCGACGUUCUACAUCAUCUUGAGCACAGCAGGCAUCUCUCUGAACACCACAGAGCUGGAGAUAGACCUGAAGCUGGAGACAACGAGUGACCAGCAAAACGUGGCCAGAGUCACGGCCAAGGCCAAAGUGGUGAUCGAGCUGCUGCUGUCCCUCACAGGAGUUGCCAAGCCCUCCCAGGUCUACUUUACUGGAGAGGUCAAAGGUGAGAGCGCCAUGAAUUCCGAAGGAGACAUCGGCAGCCCCAUCGAGUACGAGUUCAGGGUGAUUAACCUGGGGAAGCCCCUGAAGACAUACGGCAGCGCCGCCCUGAUCGUCAAUUGGCCAAAGGAGACAGUGGAGGGGAAGUGGCUCCUGUACCUCAUGAAGAUCGACUCCAGAGGUCUGGAACAGAUCACCUGCUCCCCUGAGAGAGAGAUCAACUCACUCGCCGUCAAAGAGGAGCCGAGCAGCACCCGGAGAAGACGAGCCGUAGUGGAGACAGACAAACCUCAGGAGGGAACCAUCGCACGACUGACUGACAAGAGGAAAUACACUACUUUGUCGUGUGAGGACGGGGCAAAGUGUGUGGAGAUUCGCUGCCCCCUUCAGGGCCUGGACAGUAAUGCAGUCAUCCUGCUCAGAUCUCGCCUCUGGAACAGCACAUUCCUGGAGGAGUACUCCAAGCUGAACUAUCUGGACGUGAUCGUGAAAGCCUCUCUCAGAGUGGACGGAGCAGCCAAAAACAUGGUCCUGAGGAACGCAGAGACACAGGUGAGAGUGACGGUGUUCCCAGAGCGUCGUGUGGCUCAGUACGGAGGACUCCCAUGGUGGAUCAUCCUGGUAGCCAUCUUGUUAGGGCUGCUGCUGCUCGGCCUGCUGGUCUUCCUGCUGUGGAAGUGUGGGUUUUUCAGACGCUCCAAGUACGACGACAGCGUUCCCAGUUAUAAUGCGGUGCGGAUACAAAAGGAGGAGAAAGACCAACUGGGAAGUCUGGAAAAGAAAGCCUGGAUAACGAGCUGGAGUGAGAACGAGAGUUACUCUUAACAAUGGUGGAACGCUGGAGCUCUCGUUCCCACAGACAUUGAUCUGACGAUUCCAAGGCCCCGCGCCACAGUGUGGACACCAAAAAAAAAAUGUAGGAAAAAAACUAUUUGUAGAAAAGCUUUAUUUGUGUACUUUAAGGACAGAUGGCGACGAUACAGUACAACAGCAGGUUAGAUAAGGUGAAAUAACACUUCCCUUUUUGGGGAUCAAUUAAGUAGUACCUUGUCUGAUUGAAUUUUAUCUUGAUAGUAACAUCCAUGUUGAUCACUGGACAAAAAGAGAAGAUUUUUGUGUGUUCUUUUAAUAUUUUGAGUCAAGAAUCCCAGCUGUCCCUCUUUCAAAGCUCUGGACAUUGUUUUGUAAAUGUACACUUACGGAACAGGCUAGAGUGUUUUACAUGUUUUGUAUAUUUUGAAGACUGUGUAUUUAUUGUAUGAGGAGAAUGUUACCUACAAAGUACUCCACUGGCCAAAUCAUUUUUCAGGAGUUUUUUUUGUGCAAGAUAUGGAAGGAUGGAUGUCUCAAAUCACAAAUCAUCUCAAAGCCAUUUGGUUGUAAGGACAGUUCUACACAUUUCUCAUGUUUAACUGGGGCCAUUUUUCAUCAGGUUAUAGCAGGAGCUAAUCAACAGCUUUCCCAUUCAAUCUUUCGGUAUUAUUUAUAUCCAUGUACUAACGUCACCAUCCAUAACUGCUCAAGAGAGAACGUUGUGAACUUCUAAGUAUUCGAUUGUUGAGAUGGACCAGUGAAGCAGAGUGAGUGAGUGGGGAAACUACAUAUUGUGGUUCUUCUAAAUCGGUCACGUUAAAUCAGUGUUCAUUUCAAGGAAGUGAAGAAAUUCGGUGUUUUUUUUGUUGUUGAAGAAGUAUUUAAACAGGGCCCAUUAAAUGACUUAACGUGGAGGAUUUGUCCAGUGACAGCUGUUGACAAUGUAAAGUAAAAGUGUGAAAAAUUGCCAUGAUUUGCUAAAUAAAUGAUUUUACAACCUGUACAAAUUCA